AUGGGAACUACCUACUCCCAGAAGAACCGCUACACACUCUCAACCAUCAUACUGCUGGCAUUGUUCCUUCUAAGCUUAUUCUUCUUCAGCAAACGAGCUCUUGAGCCUAAACUCUCUCUCUACAGAGACGACUUCUCCGGAACCCCUCUUUUCUCUUCCCCUCUUCCCCCUCCUACAAGAUCCGAUUCCCUCCAGAACUCAUCCAAUUCUUUCACCAUUACAGAUUCUAACCCUGAUCACAAUGCUCUGAAUUCAUCCAUUCAGAUACCCAUUUGGCCAAAUCCUGAUUUCAAUGUUUCGAGCACUGAGAUUGAGUUGGCUGAUUCUGGGGUGGAAGAGAAAAAAGAUAAUCUAACAAUUUCUGAUCAUGGAGACAGUAAUGUGUCGAGAAAGAGGCUGAAAUGGGAAGAGGGUUGCGAUUUGUAUGCGGGAAAUUGGGUGAAGGAUGAGGAGUACCCAAUGUAUAAGCCAGGGUCUUGCCCUUAUGUCGAUGACGGUUUUGAUUGCCAAAGCAAUGGAAGGCGUGACUCGGAGUACCUGAAAUGGCGGUGGAAGCCGGAUGGCUGUGAUCUUCCAAGGACAAGUUACGAAUUUGCCUUUUGGCCAAUGGUUGAUGAGGAAAGGAAUCAGAUUUUGUUGCUUUCUCUUCUAGACAUUAAUAUUGAUUCAAAACUAGCAUCAGACUUCCAAACGGAAUCCAGAGAUCUGGGAAUCAGGGUCUCUUAA